AUGGCGGCGGCGGUGGCGGUGGCGACGGCGACGCGGGGCUGGCGGUGGCUGCUGAGUUCUUCUCUGCCAGCUGGCGUCCCCAAGCUGAGCUAUCGCUUUGCAUCAUCUCACAAGUACAUUCCCAGGAGAGCUGUGCUGUAUGUACCUGCGGAUGAUGAAAAGAAGAUACAAAAAAUCCCAUCACUAAAUGUCGAUUGUGCGGUGUUGGACUGUGAAGAUGGCGUGGCUCUGAACAGAAAGAGAGAAGCAAGGCUGACAGUUGUGAAAACGCUUGAAGAGUUUGACAUUGGCCGUGCUGAGAAGUGUGUGAGGAUAAACUCCGUGUCCAGUGGCCUUGCGGAGGAAGAUCUAGAGGUGCUUUUGCAGUCCAAGACUCUUCCUUCAAGUCUGAUGCUGCCAAAGGUUGAAAGUGUGGAAGAAGUUAAAUGGUUUGCAGACAAAUUCGCACAUCACUCGAAAGGCCGAACACUUGCAGAACCAAUGCAUUUUAUCCCAUUUGUGGAAACCGCGGUGGGGUUGCUCAAUUUUAAGGCUGUCUGUGAAGAAGCAUUGAGAACAGGAUCCCAGGUUGGCUUUCAUUUGGAUGCAGUCGUCUUUGGAGGAGAGGAUUUCCGUGCCAGCAUAGGUGCAACAAGCAAUAAGGAAACUCACGAUAUUUUAUAUGCCAGGCAGAAAAUAAUAGUCACAGCAAAGGUAUUUGGCCUCCAAGCAAUAGACCUGGUUUACAUUGAUUUCCGAGAUGAAGAUGGGCUCCGUAGGCAAUCAAAGGAAGGUGCCUCGAUGGGCUUCACUGGUAAGCAGGUGAUUCACCCUAACCAAAUUGCUGUUGUCCAGGAACAGUUCUCUCCCAGCCCUGAAAAAAUAAAGUGGGCACAAGAACUGAUUUCUGCUUUUGAAGAACAUCAGCGUUUAGGAAAGGGCGCAUUCACGUUCCGCGGGAGCAUGAUAGACAUGCCGCUGCUGAAGCAGGCACGGAACAUUGUUACGCUUGCCACAGCCAUCAAGAAAAAAUGAUCUGGUAAAUGGAGCGCUCACCAUGGGGCCACGGAAGCUUGUUUUAAAAGAUGACUAUAAGACUUCAGGGGAAAAAAAAAAAAAAUCAAAUGCAUCACGCUUAAGAAGAAAUUCAUUGACGUUUUGCAGAUCUGCCAUAAUUUCCUUGCCAGAAUUGCUCGUCGUUAACAGUGCUCGCAACCCAAAGUGCCUCUCGCUCCCAGUGCCUGCCACGGUGCCAUGUCAUGCGUGAUAUCAUGGCUGUGGGAUCGUGGCUUCACAAGAGGACACCAGCAGGAUAUGAGCAGUGAGCUCCCCUCGAAUAACCUGUGAACACUGGUCAGCCUUCACUCUCCAUUUCCAUGACAAAGUCCAUGUGAAAGUCAAAGCUCUGGGUAAUCACACAUCAGCUGAAAUAAAUGUGAUGAAACUCA